AUGGUCGACUCUGCUCAGCACAUCGGCGGUUUCGACACCGUUCCGCCUGCCGAGGACGACGCUGCCAAAUCCAUUGACCUCAACAACGGGUCCAACCCUGUGGCCACCCCCAAGGACAGUCCUGAUGCUGUUUCACGCAUCGAGGCCUUCCGUCGGCUCUACAACACAUCCAAGAAGCAGACCUUUUUCUGGGUGGCUUUCGUCUGCUGGGCCUUGGCUCUCGACAUCUCGUCUGCCACCACGGGUCUCUACUUGUCGUUUGCCACGUCCUUUUUUGGGCAACAUCCCAUCCUGUCGACCAUCACGCUCCUGACGGCGGUGAUGGCGGCGGUCAUCCAGCCGUUCUGGGGCAAGCUCGCCGACAUGGCCGCCCGCCCCAUAUGCCUGCUCCUCAGCCUCCUCCUCUACACCCUUGGGUCAUUUACUCUCUCGUCGCUCAUUGUGGCCGACGUCACCACGCUUCGCAACCGCGGUCUGGCGUACGGGAUGGUCUCGUUCAUCUACCUCCCGUUCGCGUUCGUUUCGUCCAACAUCGCCGCCGGGGUUGGGCUGGAGAACUGGAGGUGGGGUUACGGCAUGUUCUGCGUCAUGAUGCCGGUCUGCGUCGCCCCCAUCCUCGGCAUGCUGUUCUGGGCGGAUCGUAAGGCCAAGCAGCAAUUGACGGCCGAGAAGGGCCCCGCUGAGGUCGUCAAGGCGCCGCUCGCGAACAGGAUCCGUCGAACGCUGGCACUUGUUGAUCCCCUCGGGCUAAUCCUCAUCGGCUUCGCCUUUUCGCUCCUCCUCUGCCCUCCCACGCUGUACGCAAGUGCCGUCGGCGGCUGGUCAAAUCCGUCAAUGAUCGCCAUGGAAGUGGUUGGCGGCGUCAUUUUCAUCCUAUUUAUCAUUUGGGAGUGGAAAUUUGCUGCCCACCCGCUCUUCCCUCUGCGGAUCUUCAAGCUCAACUACCUGCUCUGUCUCUUUACCACCAUCAUGCUCUUCCUCGUGACCGGCGUCUACAACACUACUGGACCAGCUGGAUCUGGGUCGUCAAGGACUACGACGAGUCCCAGUGGACUUACAUGA